CUUUUAAGUUCAUAGUAGGAAAGUUUUCAUUGCAUAAAAGCAUGAAAAAGUGAAUGUAUUUUCCCUUGAUAACUGGUUAUUGUAUUCAGCAUCUUUCCAUAACUGUGUGAAGAAUACUGCAGUGUAGUCCUGUUCUUGUCCCAUCUUUCAUUCAGCAUUGUGUGCUAAAUUUUAACUUGGGAGGAAGAAGAACACAUGAUGGGAGGAGAGGAAUUAGAGAAGAUAUUAGUGGAGUUGUGGACUAGAAUUGGAGCCUUUCUAAGGAGAUAAAGUCUUGGAAAUACUUAGAAUUGAGGGAAAUAUCCAAAAUAGAAGAGCAUGGGGUACAUGGAGUAAUUUUGGAUAAUGGAUUUUUUUUUUUUAAUGAAAAUGUUUGGAUGCUAGUUAGUUGAUGAUUAGCUUUCUAAGGUUUAGUUUUUUUAAAAAAAAAAGGUUAAUGGGCCUCUUCUCCUAUUUUAAAAAAGUUAUUUUCAGAGACAAAUUACUUCGUGUUUGAAGCUGACAAGUAUACACAUAUGUGCACUCGUAUAUACAUAUGUGUUUGAUGAAGGGGGUACCCCAGAGCCUGCAUACUAUGCUAAAUGAGGAAGGAAUGGGAAGAGAAUAGAUGGUUACGUGGCAGAGUAAAGAAUUCCAUGUGCUGCACACAGCAGCUGUUCUCAAGAGCAAGUGUUUGUUAUGGUGGGCUUCGUUCUCCUGCUGCUGCCCUUAUGCCACAGGUGUCCACCUGACCCUCAAGUCUACAGGUUAUUUUGCAGAAGGAAUGUGGCUUGAGAAAGUUAAUGUGAAGUCAACACUGAACUUUGUUAACUGCUGCUAUCAAGAUUUGUAGACUAAAAACGUUCUUCACCAGUUCACCUCUAAAUUAGUAUCAGGAUACUUUCAGAAUGUCUAGCAAAGAAGUGAAGACUGCCCUAAAAAGUGCAAGAGAUGCAAUCAGAAACAAAGAGUACAAAGAAGCUUUGAAACAUUGCAAGACAGUGUUAAAACAAGAGAAAAAUAACUAUAAUGCCUGGGUUUUCAUUGGUGUUGCUGCAGCUGAAUUAGAACAGCCCGAUCAGGCCCAGGGUGCCUAUAAGAAAGCUGCUGAGCUAGAGCCAGAGCAGCUACUUGCUUGGCAGGGGCUAGCGAGUUUGUAUGAGAAGUGUAAUCAUGAAAAUGCUAAGGGGGAUUUACCUGGUGUUUACCAAAAGCUGUUAGAUCUCUAUGAAAGUGUUGACAAACAGAAGUGGUGUGAUGUCUGUAAGAAGCUUGUGGGUCUGCAUCACCAGGAAAAGAGGCAGCUAGAGGUGGCUCGGACAUGGUAUAAAUUGAUAAAGACACGGCGAGAAGACGGAGCAGACAAGCAAGAGCUUUAUGAGCUGUGGAGAAAACUGACUGAGUUGCUAGCUGAGAAUAUAGAGGACCAGGAUAAUGAAACCCAGCAGAUGCUUUUAACUGCAUUUGAGAAUGCACUGGAUUUAGCAGAUAAUAUUCCCAGUGAAGAUCACCAAGUACUUUAUAGGCAUUUCAUUCAAUGCUUAUCUAAAUUUCCUCAUGAGACUACAAGGUUGAAGAAGGCUUGUGAAGGGAUGAUAAAUAUCUAUCCCACUGUACAGUAUCCACUAGAAGUGAUUUGUUUGUACUUGAUUGAGACAGGGAGUCUGACAGAUGAGGGACAGCGGUAUUGUUGUAAGCUAGUGGAAAUGAAUUCAAAAAGUGGUCCAGGCCUCAUUGGCUUAGGCAUUAAAGCUUUACAAGACAAGAAGUAUGAAGAUGCUGUUAGUCACCUAACAGAAGGCGUGAAGGAAAGCCCUCUCUGCAUAGCUGGCUGGUGUCAUCUAGCAGAAGCCCAAACCAAAAUGCACAGACCCAAGGAAGCUAUUCUUUCUUGCAACCAAGCACUGAAGAACAUAGAUAAUCAUGGUGUGGCAGGUGACAACCGUCAUCAGAAGAAUCUCUGUCUUCUGAAAGCAGAGGCUUUGCUUAAACUCUCGGAUUGUGAGUCUUCAGAGGAAGCACUUCGCAUUCUUGAUCAGGUUUCGGAUGCAGAUAAUCCCCCAGGACUGCUGGUUCUUCGAGGCCUGGCCCGUCUGAACACAGGUGCUGUAGACGAGGCUACAAAGAUUAUGGAAGAUCUUCGAGCUUCUUACCCUGACCUGGCCGAAGUCCACGCGCUUGAGGCUCUGAUACAUUUUACUAAGAAGGACUAUCUGCAAGCAGAAGCAUGUUUCCAGAGAGCAAUUGAGAAAGACACUGAAGUUGCUGAAUAUCAUUACCAGCUUGGGUUGACAUACUGGUUCAUGGGCGAAGAGACAAGAAAAGAUAAAGCAAAGGCUCUGACCCACUUUCUGAAGGCUGCAAGACUGGACACAUACAUGGGUAAAGUUUUCUGCUAUUUAGGUCAUUAUUACCGCGAUGUAGCUGGAGAUAGGAGCAGAGCCCGCGGAUGUUACAGGAAAGCUUUUGAAUUAGAUGACACCGAUGCUGAGUCUGGAGCGGCAGCCGUUGACCUAAGUGUGGAACUUGAAGACACGGAAACUGCUUUAGCUAUCUUAACAGCAGUAACUCAGAAGGCAAGUGCUGGAGCAGCAAAGUGGGCCUGGCUUCGGCGGGGACUGCACUAUCUGAAAGCUGGUCAGCAUUCUCAAGCAGUGGCUGAUUUACAGGCGGCACUAAGGGCGGACCCAAAGGACUGUAAUUGUUGGGAAUCCUUGGGAGAGGCGUACUUAAGCAGGGGUGGCUACACAACAGCCUUGAAGUCGUUCACGAGAGCCAGCGAGCUGAACCCAGACUCCACCUACAGUGUGUUUAAGGUGGCAGCGAUUCAGCAGCUCCUAGGCCGGUACACAGAAGCCGUCACUCAGUAUCAGCUCAUCCUUAAAAAGGAGGAGGGCUAUGUGCCGGCCUUGAAAGGUUUGGGUGAGUGCUAUCUGAUGAUGGCGAAAGCAGCUUUAGUGGAUUUUCUGGAUGGGAAAGCUGUGGACUAUGUGGAAAAAGCACUGGAAUAUUUUACUUGGGCACUGCAGCAUCGAGCUGAUGUGUCCUGCCUUUGGAAGCUUGCUGGGGAUGCCUGCACCAGCCUGCAUGCUGUUUCACCGUCGAAAGUGAAUGUUCAUGUCUUAGGAGUCCUUCUCGGUCAGCAAGAAGGAAGAGAAGUAUUAAAGAAAGACGAGCUCCUGCAUCUUGGAGGAAGAUGCUAUGGUCGUGCAUUAAAGUUGAUGUCGACAUCUAAUACGUGGUGUGAUCUUGGAAUUAAUUACUACCACCAAGCACGACAUCUGGCAGAGACAGGCAGUGGCACGGAUGGCCUUACCGAGCUCCUGGAGAAAUCUGUGCAUUGUUUAAAGAAGGCAGUGAGAUUGGACAGUAAUAAUCACUUAUACUGGAAUGCUCUUGGUGUGGUUGCAUGUUACCGUGGUAUUAGAAAUUAUGCCCUUGCUCAGCACUGUUUCAUCAAAUCAAUCCAAGCAGAACAAAUUAAUGCUGCUGCAUGGACCAAUUUAGGAGUGCUAUACCUUGCGACCGAAAACAUCGAGCAAGCUCAUGAAGCUUUCAAAAUGGCUCAGUCCCUUGAUCCAUCUUAUUUAUUGUGCUGGAUUGGACAAGCUCUUAUUGCAGAGACAGUUGGAAGUUAUGACACCAUGGAUCUCUUCAGGCACACUACAGAGCUAAGUAUGCAUACUGAAGGUGCCAUAGGUUAUGCAUAUUGGGUUUGUACAACAUUACAAGACAAAAGCAACAGAGAAACAGAGCUGUACAAGUACAACAUCCUCCAGAUGAACGCUGUCCCUGCGGCACAGGGUGUUCUGUGUAAAUACGUGGAAAGAAUUCAGAAUGACGCUCCAGCUUUCACAAUGCUGGGUUAUUUAAAUGAACUUCUGCAGCUGAGAAGGGAAGCAGCAGAGGCGUACCAAAGGGCAACUGCACUGUUACAGUCCACAGAAGACCAACAUACUUACAAUGUUACAGUGAGAAACUGGGGCAGAUUGUUAUGUUCCCUUGGUGACUAUGACAGAGCUAUCCAGGCCUUUAAGUCAACGCCCCUUGAGGAGCUGGAGGACAUCAUAGGUUUCGCAUUGGCAUUGUUUAUGAAGGGCCUGUAUAAGGAGAGCAACAAAGCCUACGAGAGAGCCUUGACUGUUGUUAAAUCAGAGCAAGACAAAGCUCAUGUCUUGACAGCUCUGGCAAUAACAGAAUACAAACAAGGACAAAUGGAUGCAGCCAAGUCACUGCUUUUCAAAUGCUCUAUUUUAAAGGAACCAACUACAGAAAGCCUUCAAGCCCUGUGCGCUCUGGGCUUGGCAAUGCAGGACGCCACGCUGUCCAAAGCCGCGCUUAACGAGUUCCUGAAGCACGUUCCACACAAGGACAGUUACCACAGAUGCCUCCUGACUGCAGCAGUGUACGCCCUGCAGGGCCGCGGCGGGGUGGUGCAGAGACAGGCAUCCAGGGCUGUCCACAGUAACCCUGCUGACCCUGCUCUUUGGUCUUUGCUGUCCCGAGUUGUUGCUCAGUACACUCAACGGAAUGCAAGGGGAGGUGCUGUAGCUGGCAUUGUGGCUCAUAUUCUGGAUUCAAAUCACGGAAAGAAGGCAUUAUUAUAUACUGCAGUAAACCAGCUGGCCAUGGGAAGCAGUACAGCAGAAGAUGAAAAAAAUACUGCUUUGAAGACCAUUCAGAAGGCAGCUUUCCUUUCUCCAGAUGACCCUGCUGUCUGGGCUGGGCUGAUGGCAGCCUGCCACGCUGAUGAUAAACUGGCUUUGGUCAGCAACACGCAGCCAAAGAGGGUGGAUUUGCACUUAGCUUUGCUGUCUGCUGUUUCUGUCUCACUUAAGGACAAAGAAAGUUUACAAAAUUACAACCAGUCACUUGAAAAGUGGUCUUUCUCACAAGCUGUCACUGGUCUAAUUGACACGGGAAGAAUAUCUGAAGCUGAAUCUCUGUGCACAAAGAAUUUAAAAAGUAACCCUGAUCAGCCAGCUGUUAUCUUACUGCUGAGACAAGUUCAGUGUAAAUCACUCCUGGAAUCACAGAAGCCCCUCCCAGAUGCUGUACUUGAAGAACUGCAAAAAACAGUCAUGUCCAAUUCCACCUCCGUUCCAGCGUGGCAGUGGUUGGCACAGGUGUAUCAGUCCCAAGGAAUGAUGAGUGCUGCAGAGAUGUGUUACAGAAAGAGUCUACAAGUGGCAUCCCAACAGGGCAGUUGGAGUGGGAAGCUCUCGAGUCUGUUGAAGCUAGCACUGCUAGCAUUGGAAGUCUGCAUGGCUAAUGUUUCAGGUGAUCACUGGUCGUCCUUGCUUCAAGAGGCUACAAGCGAGGCCUUGAAAGUUUGCUUUUGUCCUCUGGCUGUCUUCUUGCAAGCUUUGUUACAGUUCAACCGCAAGAUGGGAGCAAGAGAGACACGUCGACUCUUGGAGAGAGUGGUGUAUCAGCCUGGUUAUCCCACCUCAAUUGUAUCAACUGCACGCUGGUACCUUUUGAGACACCUCUAUGCGAAAAAUGACUAUGAGCUCAUUGACGUGUUGGUGAAGAAUGCUGAAACUCACGGUGAUAAAAGAACAUUGGAUCUGAACGAGAGGCUGUCGUCGCAGUAAUCUCAGGCUGUGAGACUACAGUUCUUCAGACCAAGUCUUGGUGAAAUAUACAUGUGCUCGUGUAGUCUAUCUGGCUAGUUCCAUCUCAGAUCCUAGUGAAGGAGCCUUACAUGAAUGCUUGUAAGAUUUUGACUGCUAAUGAAUAUGUCUAUAAAGUUUAAAAUGCUCAGUUACCUAGUUGCAUUUAAAAACAAAUAUUAAUGAAAAAUAUGUUGAAAAUGACGCUGAUAAUUUUAAUUAUUCGUGCAAUUUCUUCAUGAUGAAAAGACAUGAACUACCUGAAAUAAAACAAAAAUCAGUGUCUUCUUUUUUCAUAUUACCAAUAUGAGACAUGGUUUUUAAGUUGGGAUUUAAAACUUAAAAGCAGAGUUACCUAUUUUUUCCAAAAAGUAAUUUAUAUAUUUAAAUAGCCUGUAUGUCAAUUACUUUGGAUUGUGGUUUUCAAUAUUCCAGUCGGCAUGGUGUUACAUGCCUUUAAUACCUGCCCUUGGGAGGCAGAGGCAGGCAGAUCUCGAAUUUCAGAUUAGUCUGGUCUACAUAGAGAGUUCCAGGACAGCCCAAAUUACAUAAUGAGAUCUUGUCUCAACAUUUUUUUUCAGAUGUAAACAUUUAUUGUACAGAGGUAUGUGGCAAUAUAAUUUAGUAUAUGUUUUUUCCUAAGCCAGCAGGCUCAUUGUAUCAUUUUCUGAAAUCAUAUGAAUUGAUAAUAUCUUUUAAUUAAAUUGUGCUUCAGAGGUUAUUUUCUUAGACAGAACUGUAACCUGGUAUUUCCCAAUUGUGGUGGAACAUUAUAAUCACAGUCAGAAUCCUUAGGAUGGAAGGGAUCAGAACUCAGCCUUCGGAUGGAACCUGAGGCAGUCCUUAAUGCUAGUACAGACCUGAACACACGUGGUCCUCUGCUUAUUUCUCCCUGGUCCUCCUCCUAAGCGAUCCAGUGUUUAUAGCCUGAUCCACAGGCAGCUGGAGAUGCUCUGCAGGAGGUAGCUGUCAGCCUGGUGCCCGCGUCCGUCCUUCCGUCUCCUGCUGGCUGAGCUGCUGCCAUCUGCCUGUGUUAGUCACUGCCCCGCUGUCGUCCCCCUGCUCUCUGGAGGUGCCUGGGCUUCUCGAGGCUACCUUCUUCCCCUCUAGAUUAUGUGACCAAUUUUUGGUUUAGAAAAUGCAUUCACUUAGGAUUUGUGUACUGAAGAUCACUCCUCGUGUGUUUGGCCUUUGCUCCAGCCCACAUUCAAGUGGUGACCUUUGGAUUAUUUUGCCAAGUCUGGAACCUGAGUCUUCUGGAAAUUGGGGCGGUAAAAAUGUCUUUAAUAUCGAUUCAGAUCUUCUUUUUUGCAUUAAAAUGUACACAUGCAGGUUAUUUUCUGCCAAACUUGAGAUCAUCUUUUUUUACCUUCUCCUUUAAUAUUAAUGUUAAACAAUAUUCUUAAAACAAAGUCAAUUUGAAACAAAUAAACAUUAUAAAACUGUAGAAAAUUGAGUUAAAUUAAAACUAAUUUCUCCAAGGA